AUUGUUGAACAUUUUUCAAAACUUAAGGUGAAAAGAUAUGUGAUAGAUUGUAUGGUUAAUACUGGUACAUGCAGAGGUCAUGCUCAGCAAUUGGCGGAUGUAUUAGUUGCAGCAGAUAUGCGAGGGCAUUACAGUCAUGGAUUAAAUCGAUUAGAUAUGUAUAUUCGAGAUGUGCGAAAUAAUGUAUGCAGAAGAAAUGGCACUCCACGAAUUUUAAAAGAACGGACUGCAACUGCUUGGGUUGACGGAAAUAAUCUGCUUGGACCGGUAGUGGGAAACUUUUGUAUGGAUUUAGCAAUAGAAAAGGCUAAAAAAGAAGGGGUUGCUUGGGUUGUUGCAAAAGGAUCUAAUCACUUUGGAAUUGCUGGAUGGUACAGUAUGAGAGCUAUGCAACAAGGUCUUCUUGGCAUGGCUUUCACAAAUACGUCACCAAUUAUGUAUCCAACUAGAGCUAAUAGACCAGCUCUUGGAACAAAUCCUAUAACAUUCGCUGCCAAAGGUACCAAGGAUUCAUUUGUUCUUGAUAUGGCUACAUCUACUGUCGCUAUUGGAAAAGUUGAAAUAGCAUCUCGUAAAGAGCAGACCGUUCCGGAUUCAUGGGGCGUUGAUAUGACAGGCCAUGUAAGUAAUGAUCCUAAGAAGAUCUUAAAUGGUGGUGGUCUUCUACCUCUUGGUGGUGCUGAAUUAUCGGGUGGUUACAAAGGAUACGGACUUUGCGCUAUGAUUGAAAUUUUUUGUGGUAUACUUGCUGAUGCUCAAUGGGGUCCACAUGUGCGAAAAUGGAUGUCUACAACAGUUGAAGCUGAUCUUGGACAAUGCUUUAUUGCCACUGAUCCUGAAGCAUUUGCUCCUAAUUUCCAGGAGCGCUUACAGAAAUUCAUUGAUACAAUGAGAGAGUUACAGCCUGUUGAUGAUAAAAAUGUGGCAAUAGCUGGAGAUCCGGAAAAUGAGCAUUUAGCUUUGGUGGAAAAAUCAGGCGGCAUACCAUAUCAUCCCAAUCAAAUUACACAUGCUGACGAAUUGGCCAAAUCUUUGAGUGUACUGCCAAUGAAAGUGAAGACGACAGUGUAG